CGAGGCAUCGAGGCAAUAAGCAGGUGGAAUUUAAUUCAGAUUAUUUUUAUUAUUACUUGAUUAAGUGUUAUAAAUAAAAUACUUAUGAGGUUGAAGUUGUAAACUUAACUAUCGUAUUUAUCUAAAUAAUAAUUUUAUUGUAACCAGAACAGCAAAGUACACAAUGAAGCUUAUAACCCACAACAUGUUAACGUCGAAAUGCUUAAAAGGUGUUACAACCGGCUAUCCACUUGCUAUAAGCGCUACAGAUGUUAAGAUUACAGAAGUCGAUUUUAAUCCAGAAUUCGUAUCGCGUGUAUUACCAAAAUUGGAUUGGCAAGUGUUAUGGAAUGCAGCUGAUAGUAUAGGACACAGUGAAGGAUUACCUAAAACACUAGAAAAUACAGAGGGGGACCAAGAGUUUUUAAAGAAAGCUCAUCGAGUUUUACUAGAAAUUGAAGUGGAAGAAGGUCACCUGACUUGCCCGGAAUCAGGCAGACAAUUCCCAAUCACAAAAGGUAUCCCUAACAUGCUGCUAACAGAAGCUGAAGUACAAUAAAAAAAGUUAUUAUAAUAAAUAUG